AUGAAGCUGCAGUUAUUCCUAUUAUUGGUUUUUGUGGCAAUUGGAGUCGCUUCAAUGAACAUCCAAGACCUGAAAACUGCCAUUCAACAAGAAAUAGCAGAAAUCGCGUCCGGAAUUCAAGAUUUGAAAGAUGCUAUUGAAUUGGAAGUUGAAGGAAGAAACAUCAGAGAUGUUGUCAAUGCUUCGGAAAUCGAGGAUCAGAUUGAGACCUACACCGGAUUGAGAGUGGGAAUACUGGAAGAUGAAAUUUCAAAACUACGUGAAUUAAUUAAAAAGUUACAAUCGGAAACUGCUUUCUGA